UAUUUACGCUAUAAUUGUGCAUGCAGUCCGAGAAACAAAACAUUACAAUUCAGGGAUUAAAGCAUCAUAAAUCAAGGAUAAAAACAUCAUAAUGUUAUAACCAUUGAAGAAGACACAACUGGUUAGAUUUUGGUGGGCGACAACUCUGGUUACAAGACGUGAACUCAUGGAGAAAAUGUUCAAGUUUGCUCUGCUCAUCUGCCUUGGUUUUCUACCCGAUGUCGUCAGUAGCACUGGUUCCCUUGAUCUGAGUAUUGUCGGCUACGAGAAAGAAUGCACGAACGACGCCAACUGUAAGAACACUGGCUUAAUGAUUGGGACUUUUAAAGACAGAGCUGCGAGCAAAGAGGGCAGGUGCACCCACGUCACUUUGCUUCAAUGUGAUCCAAGUGCGGACUGUAGCCAAUCGUCAUCGUGGCAAGAGACAUGCCGACUGUUCGCGUACCCCUGCCAGAUGAGCGCCUGUGGGAACAGCACACUUAACCAGCACAAGUGCGACUGCUCCACUUGUCACCCGACCGUCAUCUGGUUCCUUGCCACCCCGACCCUGGCGUAUCGACUCACUGCAAAAAUCAUGGAGAAUAAUACAGAGUUGGGACAAGUGGUCAGCAACGUCUUUUGGCCUGACGAUGUUCAUGGCAGUGGAGGGACAGAUAUAUAUAUCAUUGCAUAUAUAUUCAUUGGUGUGAUCCUUUUAUUUGCUGUCACGUUUGGCGUAACAUUUACAAUUUAUGUACAAGUAUGCAGAAAGGACUCGAAGUCGACCCUAGCGUCUGGAACAAACACAGAAGCAGAACCGCAGAAUGAAUUAAGGUUGGCACGGAUGGAAAAAGAGAUACAAGAAUGUCAAGACACCAAAUCCUCUCUUCAACAGCAACUUGCAAUCGCAAUAGAAGGCUUAGAAAGAAUUGCACAGGGAGGACUAGACUUGCCCAAAACAUGAACAACCAAACGUCCCUGUGAGAAUUGAAAAAAAACUAGAGCAAGAUAUUAUUUUCCACUAGAGGCUUCUGAAAACA